UCAAACUGCCUUUCCGCUCUCCCACAGUUAUCUAUUAAAUGCUGCCAAUUCGAGCCAAUUUGUUGUCGGUAUAAUUUUUUUGGAUCAAGUAAAUUCCAUCCAAAACUAGAUUAUUUUGUGAUGUUUCUGUAACUUGACAGUUUAACAGUCCUUUUUCAUCAGGCAUCGCUUGGGCUUCUAAACUGCAGUCCCAGCUUCUUUGUUUUCCUUUGCGGCCCCCCACAUGCGUGUAGUGUUGUAAUUCGGGGAGUUUAUGUUAGACGUGACAGAUACUGCUGUGUUAUUUAUGGAGUUAUGCGGGAUACAUUAACCGAACAUGCUGGGAAAGAUGCCGCAAUCUGUUGCACGCUAUUUAAUAUUUUUUCAAUACGCAGGAACCAAAUACAGUGGUGUAAUGAAGGCACCAUCCCAUCAAGCAGUAGAGGGCGUACAGAAUCACUUGGAGAAUGCUGUGCGAAAACUUAAGCCGAUUAAUGAAGUGUUAGUGGCCAUCUCCAGUAGAACAGACUCUGGUGUGCACGCCCUUAGUAACUCUGCACAUGUAGAUAUCCUGCGGAGAGGAGAUAAACCACCUCUCCUGGAGCAAAACUUGAUCGAGGCCCUAAAUUUUCACUUAAAACCAGAACCUAUAAGAAUCACCCGGGCUUAUCGAGUACAGAGCGACUUCCAUGCACGCUACCGCGCCGUAUCAAGAACAUACGUGUACCGAUUCGCUUUCGGUCUUAGGCACUACACGGAGAUGCCCGUAACGGAGAGUGAUUUAUGUUGGGCACUACACGACACGAACCUGAAUAUCAGUGCAAUGCAAGAAGCUGCUGGACUGCUUUUAGGAACCCACAACUUUAGCACCUUCCGUGCCCUGAACUCAGAGACCCCCUUCAAGAAUCCAGUGAAGACCCUAGAGUCGGCCCAGCUGGAACCCGGAUGCUCUUUCAGUCAAAGACACUUUCACAGAGAUAUUCAGUUUUGGGAGCUCACUUUUAAAAGUAGAUCAUUUUUAUAUAAACAAGUGCGGAGGAUGACCGGGGCGCUGGUUGCCGUCGGUCAGGGUAGAUUGGCAGUACGGCAGAUUCAGGAACUACUAGAGACAGAAGAUUCUCUAGCCUUCCCAAAUAAUCUGAUCGCUCCGGCCCACGGUUUGUUUCUGACAAACAUAGAGUACAGAGAUGAAGAUCUUGUGCCUUACACUGAACAUGUAUGAAGUAAGAAUACAACUGUUAAAUUACCCAUACAUACAUAUGAUGUAAAUGUGUUUUAGAAAAUGUAUUAAAGUGCCAUUUUUAAUUACACUUGAAUAACAUUGUCGUUGUUAUAAAAAAAACAUUUGGUUAAUUGGAUAAUAAAUAUUUAAAUGUAAGAAUUGAAACCGUAUUAUUAGGUCUGACGUAAUAUUAGUGCUUCAAAAAACUGAACUCAUUGUGAGAAUUUUUUUAAAGAUAGUCAGAUUGUUAAUUUUAUUCUACCACACAAUAUCAUUCAGACAUGAACUUCACCAGAUGUCCAGCAGACCUGAGUGGUGCUGAAUUUGUUAAACAGACUUAUCACGAUCCAAUGCAAGCAUCUCAUUUCCUGUACCAAUCCAAACACACACUCAUAGCAUUUAAAGAGAUACAAACUUUUUUAGUCAUUGACAUUCAAUUGAGGUUAACUUGGGGAAAAAUGUUCAUAAUUCAAAAGGCUGAUUCAUAUUACAGAUGCAAGUGCAUUUUUCCAUAAUAAACUAAAUGAGGAUAAAUGAAUAUAGUAACAAACCAUCUCCAUCAAAGUAAACACGACAUCAUAAUGUCUAGUCCCAUGAUUCAAUGAUGUCAGUAAAUUGGCCUCGCGCAUUAUGGGUGUUUCAAUAGAACACAGAUAAACAUAUUCGUCUAGAAC